GCAACCCGUGGAGUAGUUUACUGACCGAACCACGUUAAAUCUUGUGUUCUUAUUUUCUGCUAUUUGUGUGUGUGUGUUUGUUCGCUUCCGCUUGACCGCCUCUGAUCUCUGAUUCCUAACAAGUGGUAUCAGAGCCUUGGUUCGGUUAAACACACGGUUACACAGGAUCAAUCGCAGGAAGAAGGCUGUUCAGGAUCGUUUUGCUGCUGUUUUGCUGCCGCGGUUAAGGGGCUGGUUCAGAUCUGAUCAGGGGCUGGUUCGGAUCUGAUCAGAGGCUGGUUCGGAUCUGUUUUGGGGAUGACAGUUGAGUGUGUUCGGAGGUCUGAAUCAGGUCAGGGGUUUCGUGACAGUGGGAGCAUAGGACGUGUUCCGAGUACAGUUCUGAAACGUCGUUGGGUUUUGAGGACCAAGAAUCCGAACGUUAAAAUCUCUCCUGGGAAUAGUUUGCUGGAUUUGGAGAGUGGUAAUGGUCCUCGGUGUAUCUCUGGAUCCGGUGGAUUGUGCAAGCCGGUUGAGACAGAGGCUGUGGCGGUUACAGUCACGACUGGGUUGGAGCUCGGUGGAGCUUCAACUGUCCUUUCAUGUUAUUAAUGAAGGGGGUGGUUGCAACUAGGGGAUAUAACUGGAGUCUUAGCUUGUUCUUGGGAACUGGAGGCUUGGAGGACUUGGCAGUGAAGAUUACUGAGUUACUCAUGAUGGGUUUACUUGGAUGGCAUUUGUGUCUAUGCGAAAUCCUUCAAGUGGGAGAUUGUUGGGUUAUUCGGUGAAGGCUUUAGAGCUGUGGGCUUUAAGCCUGGUCGGCUAAAGGGAAGAAACAUGGGGGGCCGGUUUUAGUUAUUAAUUAAAGGGCCCAUUAGUUGUUUCUUGUUUAGCAAGUUGUUAACCCUAGUUUAUAUCUUAUAAAUACCCAAUCAUGUA